UUUAAUAUAACGGCACCACAGAUGAUUGGCAGGGACGUGCCCGUUUCACGACUGGGCUCCGGCAGGUCCCUGGAGGGGGAUGGCACGCCGCGGCCGCCCAUGUUCCACCGAGGAGGGGGCUUCCCGUGAAAAAACACCCCGGCUCUCCCCCUUGCCCUCCUCGCGUGCUGGCGAUCCAUCUUCCCCUCCAUCUGUCUGUCUCUCCCCUCCUCUUGACAAGUCCAGGAAGGAGGCAGGAUACGCUACCUGAUGGACCGCAUGACGGAGGACGCCCUGCGCCUGAACCUCUUGAAGCGGAGCCUGGACCAAGCCGACGAGCGGGAUGACGUCCUGGCCAAGCGGCUGAAGAUGGAGGGCCACGAAGCCAUGGAGCGCCUGAAGAUGCUGGCCCUGCUCAAGAGGAAGGACCUGGCAGGCAUCGAGGUGCCCCACGAGCUGCCUGUCAAGCCGGACAGCCUGAAAGUCUACGAGGAGAAGCUGAACGGGAACCUGCGGCCCCACCCGGACAGCCGGUCUUCCGGGAGGCCGGGCAAGGAGAACAUCAACGACGAGCCGGUGGACAUGAGUGCGAAGAGGAGCAGUGACCAGGACAGGGGGCGGCUCACCCCCUCGCCAGAUAUCAUUGUCCUUUCCGAUAAUGAGGCCUCCAGUCCCCGCUCCAAUUCCCGCAUGGAAGAGCGGCUCAAGGCUGCCAAUCUGGAAAUGUUCAAGGGCAAAGGCAUCGAGGAGAGGCAGCAGCUCAUCAAACAGCUCCGGGACGAGCUGCGGCUGGAGGAGGCCCGGCUGGUGCUGCUGAAGAAGCUACGGCAGAGCCAGCUGCAGAAAGAGAACGUGGUACAGAAGACUCCGGUUGUCCAAAACGCAGCAUCUAUUGUCCAGCCAUCUCCUGCCCAUGUCGGACAGCAGGCUCUGUCCAAAAUUCCCUCCCGGCCUGGAGCUCAAGGGGUUGAACCCCAAAACCUCCGAACAUUACAGGGUCACAGCGUCAUCCGGUCCGCCACCAACACGGCCCUCCCCCACAUGCUGAUGUCCCAGCGCGUCAUUGCGCCGAACCCCACCCAGCUCCAAGGGCAGCGCAUCCCCCCCAAACCGGGCCUCAUCCGCACCACCACUCCGAGCAUGAGCCCUGCCAUCAGCUACCAGCCACAGUCCAGCUCGGCGGUCCCCUGCCAGCGCACCGCGUCCUCCGCCAUCUACAUGAACCUUGCCUCCCACAUCCAGCCGGGCACGGUGAACCGGGUGUCGUCACCGCUGCCUAGCCCCAGCGCGCUCAACGACGCCGCCAACUCCCAGGCGGCCGCCAAGCUCGCCUUGCGCAAGCAGCUGGAAAAGACCCUGCUGGAGAUCCCGCCCCCCAAACCGCCCGCCCCCCUGCUCCACUUCCUGCCCAGCGCGGCCAACAGCGAGUUCAUCUACAUGGUGGGGCUUGAGGAAGUGGUGCAGAGCGUCAUCGACAGCCAAGGCAAAGGCUGCGCCUCCCUCCUGCGAGUGGAGCCGUUCGUUUGUGCCCAGUGCCGCACGGACUUCACCCCGCACUGGAAGCAGGAGAAGAACGGCAAGAUCCUGUGCGAGCAGUGCAUGACCUCCAACCAGAAGAAGGCGCUCAAGGCCGAGCACACCAACCGGCUGAAGAACGCCUUUGUCAAAGCGCUGCAGCAGGAGCAGGAGAUAGAGCAACGGCUGCAGCAGCAGGCCGCCUUGUCCCCCACCGCCGCUCCCGCCAGCGUGUCCAGCGUCAGCAAACAGGAGAGCAUCAUGCGGCACCACACGCUCCGCCAGGCGCCACAACCCCAGAACACCCUGCAGCGCGGCAUCCCCACCUCGGCCCGCUCCAUGCUGUCCAACUUUGCACAGGCCCCACAACUCUCCGUCGCGGGCGGCCUCCUCGGCAUGCCAGGUGUCAACAUCGCCUACCUGAACGCGGGGAUCGGCGGCCAUAAAGCAUCGAGCCUGGCGGACCGGCAGCGGGAGUAUCUUUUAGAUAUGAUCCCUCCGCGCUCUAUAUCGCAGUCCAUCAGCGGGCAGAAAUAACGCCAGCUGUGCCCUCCCCUCUCCUUCCCCGUGAGCCCUGCUGCCCCCCCCCCCGACCCCCUCGUCCGUCGCAUGCAGUGCCUGUACUGGUGCCCACCAUACGUGGAGGAAAAGACAAAAAGAAAAAAAAGUCAAAAAAAGAAGAAAACAAAAUUAAACAGACAAACAAAAAAAAAGACGAGAACAUUUCAAAACUUCAGCGACCUCCCCUCUUCCGAAACCAUCUCCCCCCCCCCGCCUUCUCUGGAUUUCGUUAGCGGCAAGACCCCCGCCCCGCUCGAGGUCAGAACGCCUCCGCUUGGACCCUGCACUAUACCCAUGUUAACGCUUGUUUUACACUCCUUUUCGUCUAAUUUUUUUUUCCCCAUUUGUAAUGACAACGAGUAGAAUUUUUAAUUGUCGUGUUCUCUUGUUUUUAUUAAUUAUUUUCCCUUUUACUUACAUGGACCGUUACCUCCCCUUCCCCCCACUUUUUUUUUAUUUAAAGAAUCUUCCUAGAAACUUUUUUAAAAGGCUUUUAACUCCUCCCCGAGGGUUUUGGGUGUUGACUCCGGGCUUCGGUAUCGAAGCGACGGGGAGGUGCCGCCCCCGUGGGCUACCCUUGGACAUCUCAACAGCACGGCACCAGUAACUGACUGUGUCUCAGAGAGUCGACCCUGGACUGGGUAGAGAGGUGAGGGCCUGUCUUUUGCGGGUGGGGGGGGCGGGGGACAGCUGCGGGAGUCCCUGUCAGGAGGUGCUGAGGAGCUGCACUUACACGGCUGCACGGUGGGACAGACCCCGGCUGCGUGCUCGGAGGCAGGAGGUCGAUGGUGAAAGCCGAACUGCGCCGCGGGCUUUUGAACGCUCUCUCGUCCUUCGCUGCCGGCCUUUCCUCAGCUGUCCCCUGCCCACAGCCUGGCCCCGAAGGAGCUGCGGGCACCACGUUUGCGCCUUAGCGAGUCUCCGAAGGAAAAACCCGCCCAGAGGGGGAGCGGUCUCUUCGCCCUCCCUCCCCGGUCGCGCAAAGCCAUCAGAGGGCGCCACACAUCAGCAGCCGCGGCGGCUCGACCCCCGCACUCGUCACUUGGCCUUCCGCAUCGUGAACCGGCCAUCUCCGGCCACCCGCCGGGGACGCCCAGAGAGAGGUCAGGCCGCUCCAGCGAGGGAGACCCGUUCGCGUCGUGCGAGCCGCCACCACGUGCGGGAGAAGAGCGAAGGCCUGCCGCAGUCGGACCCGGAGGCAUUUUCCUGACAUCGACCGUGUCCCGCUAGCAGAGAGUGAAACGUUCGGUCGCAGCCCAAGCCGCUCCAAGGACUCGGCAAGGUUUACCGUCCCCGUCCCCCGUUUUACUUUUCAGCCUUGUUCACGUUUUCUGCUCCUCUGGCUGUUCGUGGUGGCCGUGUGCUCCAAUCUGGGAGGGAGGGGGAACGUGGGCCUCUCCACGUGGGCCUCUCUUUUCCGCCUCUGCUUCUCCACUAACAACCCCCCUGCCCUCCACCCCUCCAGAAGUACCGACGCGAAAACCGGACCCGCCACCGUGGUUCCGUGUCCCCUCCAGGACUCCCCGAACGCCACACACACACACGCACGCCCCCUUCCUUACCCGCCUCCACUCACUGAGCACUUACAAAUAAACCGGAGGCGGGAGGCGGCGGCGGCGGUGGCGGUGGGAACCCCCAGCAGAUGCUCUUUCAAACCUAGCGAGAGGUUAGCGCUGCCUCCCUCCGUCUGGCCCCGUCCAGAUGUGCAGCCCAACACAUCUGGACGCCGCCAGGCGGAGGGAGGCUGGGCUUGCGCCACGUCCGCGUGCUGGUGUGUGUAUAGAUAGAUGGAUGGAUAUAUCUGCCCACACCGCGUGCGUCCGUGGCCGCUUGCCCAGGCGCGUUUUCCGUCGGCUUCCGCAGGGCUUCCUUCCCGUAAACGUCAUGUCGCGUCUUUGGCCUCCACCACCCCUCUUCUGACGACGCAGCGCUCAAGAGCACCUUCCUCCGUGAA